AUUGCCCGCUAGUCAAGACGUCCAUCAUUCCACCUCUACCUAUGCGGCCAGCCCAUCGCCGCAACAGAACACCAUGACAGCCGUACGCCUCACGGCCCGCCGCCCACUCUUUAGGUGUCUCAAUUCGCCUACGCCCCGCCCACAGCUCCGUCGUCUAGCUCAACAAUCGAAGCCCCAGCGAGAAUACCUUUCCGACCUUGAAUAUGUCUCCGUGCACCGCGCUGAGGCACUGCGCCUGGCGCAGCUCAAACGAAGGCGGAACUGGCUUGCACUGGGCGCUGCGCUGUCAAUGAUUGCGCCAAUGAUCCUUGUGCGCUUCUGGGACCUGCCACCACCAGAAGAACAAAACCAGGAUGACCAGAAAGAGAAGAAAGAAAGCAGAGGCGUCCUAGACCUCAUCACUCCACGGCCGACACAGACCGACUCACCCCGCGCUGCAGUCGAUGAGUUUCAGGGCAAGAAAGUUGUGAUAGCCCCAGGAGAUAAAGUCAUCGCCGCGCCUGUGGACGCUGAACACCCCAUGGCCACAGAUGUAGACACCGUAGAGUUGGUCGAGACCGGCACAUCGUACGUGCCGUACUUUCCCAAGACGAUUACGCUGCCCGUUCCCACUGGGCCCGAAGCCGUCGAAAGCGAAGCAGAAUAUCAACUACUCGGCCUAGGUAUCCGAAAAGUCUCCUUCCUGCGAGUCCAGGUCUACGUCGUUGGUCUGUAUGUGCGCAGCUCAGAUCUGCAUAUCCUGCAAAACCACCUUAUCAACACGGUCAACCCUACCGCCUCGGCUCUGAUCCCUGGCGAAAAAGAAGACCUGAGGAAUGCUCUGUUGGACCCACAAAGGAGCACAGAGAUCUGGGACGCGAUUCUAGCGAGAAAGGGCGUCGAUGCGGUCGACAUGGCAUUCCGUGUCGUACCAACACGCGGCACAGACUUUGCACAUCUCAGGGACGGAUGGAUGCGCGGCAUCGCCUCGCGCACAGACGAAGUGCGAAAGCGACAGGCCGAUCUCCUCCGCCAGCAAGCCACGGAGAACAGGCAGAUCUCCUUGCCAAAGCCAGUGGAGGAGGGCGAGUUUGGAGAUGAGAGUUUCGGGCUCGCGAUGAAGGAGUUCAAGGGCCUCUUCCAGGGAAAGGGCAAGGCCCCUAAAGGCAGUGUUCUGACACUGACGCGCGGUAAAAACGGAGAACUCGGUGUAUGGUAUCAGCCUACCAUCAACACGAAAAAGGGGGAGAAGAUGGGUGAGACGACCAAGCUGGGAAGCGUGCAGGACGAGAGGGUCAGCAGACUUGUCUGGCAGCUCUACCUUAGCGGUCAGAACGUGAGUUCAGAAGCGGCGAGGAAAAACAUUGUAGAUGGAUGCAUUGGUAUUACCGAGCGGCCCGUCGGCACAGUGGAGGGCAGAGUGUUGUAGGACAUAUUCACAUCGAGAGAGCGACCUGGAAUCAUUGUACUAUAGUCUUUGUACUGAAAUACCCACCUCCGAGCUCGCCGUACACAGGAUGCUGAUGAGCUCACAUCUGACCUUGAAUCUUUUUGAAUGGAAGACCUACUUUGU